AUGGACACGGCGCGAAAUCACUCUCAUCCUAUCUAUCAAAACUUAACCCUGGACACAAAUCAAGACUCAGUACGUUUAUUGACAAUAUUACCUGGCGCCGCGAAUAGUGCCCUUCGGUGCAGGCUGAAUGUCGUCCUAUUGACGGCGGAUGCUCAUUAUGAAGCCAUCUCGUAUACUUGGGGCAGUGAUGAGGAACUACACGAAAUCAUCAUCAAUGAAGACAAGCACUAG